CACACACGCUCUGGCCCUCUAGCUGUGUUUUGGACAGCCCUCUUUUCUCCUGGACCAGCCGUCCAGUGAGUUCCUCUCCUCACUCCCUCGUGCUGCAGAGAGCGCCGACAGACGAGCAGAGAGCAGCUGUCAUGAAAGAGAAAGUCCUGCACAACCUUGACAGCCACACGUGUCCUCCGGAGGGGAAACGUGUCAUCCAGUGUUUCAGAUGUGGGGAUCUAUGCAAGGGAGAGGUACUGCGUGUCCAGAACAGCUACUUCCACAUAAAGUGUUUCUCAUGCAAGGUAUGUGGCUGUGACCUGGCUCAAAGUGGCUUCUUCACGAAGAAUGACGACUACCUGUGCCCGCUGGACUUCCAGAGGCUCCACGGCACACUGUGCAGUGGCUGUGGGGAGUUUGUGGAGGGAGAGGUGGUCACAGUCCUUGGGAAGACGUACCACCCAUCAUGCUUUGUGUGCACUCUUUGCAGACAGCGCUUUCCUGCGGGGGAUUGUGUCACCUUCAGUGGAAAAGACUGCCUCUGUCAGCGCUGUAUUCGACCCAUAUCACCCACUCCUAACAACGUCAGCUACCCCAGCAAUUGCUCUGGCUGCGGCAGAGACAUAAAGAAUGGACAGGCUCUGUUAGCCAUGGCUGCUCAGUGGCACCUCGGCUGCUUCAAGUGUAAAAUCUGCAACAAAGUGCUCAGUGGAGAAUAUAUCAGCAAAGAUGGUGUUCCAUAUUGUGAGAGGGAUUACCAGUUUCAGUUUGGGGUACAAUGUCAUGCAUGCCAGAAGUUUAUAACUGGAAAAGUCUUAGAGGCAGGGCACAAACAUUAUCACCCCAGCUGUGCCAGAUGCAGCCGCUGUGACAAAGUCUUUAAAGAAGGGGAAGAAAUGUUUCUGCAAGGAAAAACUAUUUGGCACCCUCAUUGCAGAGACAUCAGCAGCAGAACGGAGGAUAACUACAGGGUCAGCAGACAAAAAACACCUUGUCUUGAUUUCUAUUACCCCCCACGUGAAGUCAAGCCAACAUCCUCAUCUGAAAGCUCGUCCUCCAGGCCGGGCUCGUGCACCCCAGGGAGUCCUGGUCGAACCAUCUGCGCAAAAGUAGAUAAUGAGAUCAUUGAUUAUCGAGACUUAGCGGCGAUUCCCAGAGUUAAGGCUAUCUAUGAUAUAGAGCAUCCUGAUAUGAUAUCUUAUAAGAGUGUGAACGACACCCCCUCUACUUUGGACAACAAGAGCCAAAGACAGGACAGGCAGAGCCCUGCAGAGUCACCAGGAAAUGUAUCUGUAACCACUGAGGACAAUUUAGAAAUACGAAAGUACAUACCUCAAUCUACAAGCCACGGAUCUUUUGGAGUUGGGAUGCACACUCGUCAUAGCUACACCCCAACGCUGUCCAGAUCCCCACAGCACUUCCACAGGCCAGAUGAAGGCUUCAACAUGUACAGGAGGCCUCCGAUAUACAAACAGAAAGAUCCUCUUUCCCCAACAUCCCAAACAUUUUCCCUGCCCGGAUACGGUCGCAGCGGUCUCAAUCCGCCAAGGUCUGCUGAUUUCUCCAACUACAACAGUGACAGAUUCAAAGACUUUAAGCUCAUCUGUGGCGGUCAACACCCAUUAACAUACAUGGACAGAGGAGUGUCUAUGCCUAACUUGUUGGAACCAAAAAUCUAUCCGUAUGAAAUACUCACAGUAGUAAACAGAGGACGAGUGAAGCUUCCCAGGGAUGUCGACAGAACACGACUCGAGCGCCACCUAUCCCAGGAUUCAUUCUUUGAGGUCUUUGGCAUGGACAUUCAAGAAUUUGACAAACUGCCACUUUGGAAACGUAAUGACAUGAAGAAGAUGGCAAAUCUCUUCUAAAUGCUGCCUCAAGAAUCUUUCAACUCAUUGAGAAUAUGCAGUAAAUGUAAAGUUUUGCAUUUGCUACAAGAAACAAAACAAACAAACAAAAAAAAUAUGCCAAGAACUGGAUGAAGUCAUCCUUUCUGGGGCUACUUUAUUAAAAAUAACGUUUUUUUUUUUUGUUUUUUUUACCUCACUCUAUCUAUAUUUGUAGCUUCAGUAAUAAUCAGCUGUCAGCCUCCAGAUAUUACAUUUGCUUUGAACAAAUCAGUUUACCUUGCUGUUGCUAAAUCCAAAAAGCAGCAGAUUGCAUGUCAUUCUUAUAGCAUGCUGGAAGUACAGUCAGUUUGUCCUACUUAAAAGCCUUUUGAAAAUACUACCCAUACCUGAUAUCUAUGGUGCAAUGAUUUAUAUAAUAAUGGAUUCUUUUAAGAACUGGAUGCAUUUUACUUUUGUUGAUACUUUCUUAUGCUAUUCCUUUUUUGUGACACCUUUCAUAUUCAAUAUGAUGAAGCAUCAAAACUGAGAAAAACCAGUCUUGUGUAUCUGUCACUGAAUGAUCACUGAAAUGUGCUUUGUUUUGGACUCUUAAAAAGACACUGAAUUUUGUUUGAUAUUUGACUUUGAAAAUUGACUUUGCUCUAUUAGUCAUCACAGUAUAUUUUUUGUGGAUGCUGUUCUCCCAUCACAACAACUCAAGCGCCCUUAAUAAAAUCUCACACUGAGGAAAGAA